CAGGAUCAUGACCUGAGCCGAAGGCAGCCGCUUAACCAACUGAGCCACCCAGGCGCCCCUCGUGUCCUACUCUUUAAAUGGUGAAUCCUGGACGCUUCCGAUGAAUGGAUUUUAUAUCUAAAGCUUUUGCUCUCAUAAACACUACCUUCAUCACCACAGAGCCACUUAGAAACUAUUAACUCUUCCGAAUUUAAUUAAAGGAUUUGUUCAGGGAGAACUUGGCCGGAAGUCCUAGGGCGGGGAGUUAGGCACCCCGGGAGAGAGCGGCGGGCCGCAGCGAGUUGCGGGAUGGGGCCAAAGUUGGCGAACGCAGAGAUUCGCGUCCACCUGAGUCACUGCUCGCCCGGCAGCCAGGCCAGGGCAUCAGGGAACUAUGUGGAGCUGAAGAAGGCGAACCCCGGCCUGCCCAUCCUAAUCCGCGAGGGUUCUGAUGUGCAGCCCAAACUCUGGGCCCGCUACGCAUUUGGCCAAGAGAAGAAUGUCUCUUUGAACAGCUUUAGUGCUGAUUAGGUAACCAGAGCCGUGGAGAAUGUGCUAAGUGGCAAAGUCUGAAGCCUCUACUGAUUGUUAAGAGCACCAGCCCCACAGCUUGGGCUCUGUAGGACUGAGUACACUGUGAAAAAAAGUGUUCUUCUGUUCUUUAUAAAGUUUGUGCCGAAAAAAUGCCAAACAAACAACUAAAUAAAGGAUUUGUUCAAUAAAUUUCAAUGUCCUUGUCUGAUGGGGCUGAGGUCAGGUCUUUGCUGUCCUGGGCUGCUUUCUCCGGGGCACUCUUGCACGUAGGCUUCCUCGCAGACGCCUGACACUUUCUCCGGACCUGCGAGGCGGGAGUCCCACCUCCAGGUUCACGACCCUGAGUGCGCCUGGGACACUACGCUGCCUUUAGCCACGGUUCUGGGUCCAAAGAUAGGAGCCCGAGUCCCCGUAAGAGCACCCAGGCUUGACGCCCCUCCCCCGCAACCCCGCGGCCAGAAUCUCACGGGCCGGACUGGGGCCAGAGAGUGAGCCUUUGGCGAACCCCGCAUUGGGCUUUCCCGCGACUCCGGGGGACACAACCUAGGCCCGCAUCCGCCCUCGUCGACAUGGGUCCCAUCCAGUACCCCGCGUCGCAGGACGAGGGUCAGU